AUGGCGCUCGACAACUAUUACCGGAACAAGAUAGAGAGCAUGAAGCUAGAGAUCAUCCAAGGACAGGCUGUUCUCAGGCGGUUAGAGGCACAGAGAAACGACUACAACUCAAGGGUGAGGCUACUGCGGGAGGAACUUGGCCUGCUGCAGCAGCCGGGCUCCUAUGUCGGCGAGGUGGUCAAGGUCAUGGGCACGAAGAAGGUCCUGGUCAAGGUCCACCCAGAAGGGAAAUACGUGGUCGACAUUGCGGACAGCGUCGAUAUAGCCAAGCUAACGGUGGGCAAGCGAGUGUCCCUCCUGUCCGAUUCCUACAAGCUGGAGAAGAUGCUGCCAUCCUCCGUCGACCCUCUCGUCUCGCUCAUGAUGGUUGAGAAGGUGCCCGACAGCACGUAUGAUAUGAUCGGUGGGCUGGAUCAGCAGAUUAAGGAGAUCAAGGAAGUUAUCGAGCUCGGCCUCAAGCACCCAGAGCUCUUCGAAUCGCUCGGCAUCGCGCAGCCCAAGGGUGUGCUGCUAUACGGCCCUCCAGGAACCGGCAAGACUCUGCUGGCCCGUGCAGUUGCGCACCAUACCGACUGCAAGUUCAUUCGAGUCAGUGGCUCGGAGCUCGUGCAGAAAUAUAUCGGUGAAGGAAGUAGGAUGGUUAGGGAGCUUUUCGUCAUGGCUCGAGAGCAUGCUCCCAGCAUCAUAUUUAUGGAUGAGAUUGAUAGCAUCGGCUCGAGCCGAGUGGAGGGAAGCAGUGGCGGUGACUCGGAAGUCCAGCGGACCAUGUUAGAGCUUCUCAACCAGCUCGACGGAUUUGAACCGACGAAGAACAUCAAGGUCAUCAUGGCCACCAAUCGGUUGGACAUCCUUGACCCAGCACUCCUGCGGCCUGGCCGAAUCGACAGAAAGAUUGAAUUCCCCCCUCCUUCGGUCGAAGCCAGAGCUGAUAUCCUCCGCAUCCACUCUCGCUCGAUGAACCUAACGCGCGGGAUCAACCUCACCAAGAUCGCCGAGAAGAUGAACGGCUGCUCCGGUGCUGAGCUCAAGGGUGUAUGCACCGAGGCCGGCAUGUACGCUCUACGUGAGCGAAGGGUACACGUUACCCAGGAGGACUUUGACCUGGCGACAGCCAAGGUUCUCAAUAAACAUGAUGACAAGGAAGUCAGUCUCGGCAAACUAUGGAAGUAA